UUAUUUAUAUUUAUAAAUAACAAUAAAAGAACGUGAGUGUCUAAGUGACUAUUUUAAAUUUAUAAUUCAAAUUUAAAGCGCCUUUUUUUGUUGUUGUUACAACUUUAUUUUAAAAACGACGCUACUGAACCGGCGUUUUAAAACUUUUUAUAUAUAAAUAAAAUAUAUAUAUUGCCACUUAAAAACAUAUAUAUUUUAAAAAUAUACUGUGCUGUGUUUAAAUAUAUUAUCGUGAUUUAAUUAUUAUUAAGUGCACACGGGGUUAAAAUGGCGCUUGUACUCUUCGUCCUCCGCGCAUUUAUAUCGACCGUGACAAAUUAUUCACCGUCGGCGAAUGAAAACGAUUGGCGGAAUUUUUAAAUUAUUUAAUAAUUAUUAAUUAUUAAUAACAAUAACUAUUUUAAAAAAAUAUAUUUAUUUAAAAACCCCGGGUUUUUUAAAACUGAUAAAUAACAAACACAAGUUUCUAGUCCAAGUUUAUUCCCAGUGUUUUAGUUUAAAUUAUUUAAAUAAAUAAUAAUAAUAAAUAUUAUUUAGUGUCAGUGUUGUGUUCAAAGGAUUUCUGCUCUAAAUUUAAAAGACGCCUGAAGCAAAAGAGAUUCUCGAGGAGGGUGGAGUAUAAGGAAACAAAAAGCCGAAGGAACCGCCUGAAAAAGCGUUCAAGUAAUGCCACUACGGUAACUCUCUCAUAUCUGAGAAGGCAACAGCAUCAACAUCACCAGCAUCACCAGUAACAGCAGCAGCAGCAGCAAAGGUGUGUGUAGUAACAACUCUGUAAGAGAUGCGACGGAUCUCGCUUCGUCAUUAACGGCCGAGCCUAAAAACCAACCGAGACACACUCACACACACAACUUUUAAAAGUAAAGCGAGUAAAACUUGAACAUCUCACCCGCAGUCUUUGUCGUCUGCGUGCGUCGGCGGUAGAUGUUCCUACGUCCUGCGGUGAAGCCGUACAUACGGCUAGACGUGCGGAGUACAACAGGAAAAACAACGCAACUAUUGCUGUUGCUAUUAUUGUUAUUGUGUGGCAGUAGUAAUAGUAGUAGUUGUUGUUAUUAUUAUUAUUAUUGUUAUUUUGUGGUUAUUGUUACUGUUGAGUUAGUGAAAAAUAAAUAAGCAACCAGCAAAAGCAAUAUUGUUGUAUACGAGGCCUAAAGACAGACCACCGGUCUACUUGAGGCAAUGAGGAGGAGAGAGUGACGCCAAUUGAUCGCGAGAGUGGACGGCCAUUGAUAAGGAGGAAUGCUUGCCCCAUGCAACAUGGCGGCUCGUCUCAUUUGCGGCACCUGUCUUGUCGCCUUCUUCAUUCUUCUCUGCCUCGGAAUUACCACCGCAGAACAAGUUGUCCUGUUGGAUACCACGACUGAAGAGAUACUAGACUGGACAAAAUUUCCUUACGGACCGCAAGCAACGACCCCCGGUUGGGUGGAGGAAUCCUUUACCAACUUCGACAAGGGUAUAAACUGGCGAAGUUAUGUUGUUUGCGAUGUCGCUUACAACAACGUCAACAACUGGCUGUGGACACCCUUCAUAGAACGUGGUCCGGCCAAUCGUAUGUACAUUGAGAUCAAGUUUACCACAAGAGACUGUUCCUUGUUCCCGGGUAAUGCACUUAGUUGCAAGGAAACAUUCUCCUUACUUUACUAUGAGUUUGAUGCGGCUACCAAAGAACCACCACCAUGGGAACCCGAAAGUUACAAACUGAUAGGUCGAAUUGCCGCGGGCGAGGGCAGAUUCAACACAAACACCGAAGUUAUUAUAAACACCGAAGUUAAAUCAAUACCAGUAACCAAGAAAGGAGUUUACUUUGCAUUUCGUGAUCAAGGCGCUUGCAUAUCAAUUCUCGCGAUAAAAGUAUACUAUAUAAGUUGUCCAGAGGUAUCUGUUAACUUUGCCCACUUUCCGGCAACACCAACUGGCCGUGAAGUUGCUCUUAUCGAACAAACUAUUGGCACGUGCGUUGCUAAUGCCGUCGAAAUAGAACAACCAACUUUCCUAUGCAAGGGAGACGGAAAGUGGUACUUGCCAUCUGGAGGAUGCCACUGCAAGCCCGGUUAUCAAGCUGAUGUUGAGAAGCAACAGUGCACUGAGUGUCCUAUUGGCAAGUUCAAGCACGAGGCUGGAUCUCAUACGUGUGAGAAGUGUCCUGCACAUAGCACAGCUCCAGACUAUGGAUUCGUCGAGUGCCGUUGUGACGUUGGCUAUUUCAGGGCGCCCAGGGAUCCCAGAAAAAUGCCAUGCACUCAACCGCCGUCAGCGCCGCAGAAUCUAACAGUUAAUUUUGUGGAUCAGUCUACUGUAAUUUUAUCGUGGAAUGCACCUUAUCAACAAGGAGGAAGACUUGAUACCACUUACAGGGUUGUUUGUGAUGCCUGUAGCACCGGUGUCAAGUAUAUUCCCAAUACCGAAAUUUUCAACGACACGAAGAUCACCAUCACCGGAUUAAAUGCAGUUACGACUUAUCGUUUUCAAGUGUUUGCCGAGAACGGUGUAUCACCAAUGGCAGGUCGUUCUGAGUAUGUAGAUAUAACCGUGACAACCGAAGCAAGUGUACCGAGUCUCGUCAGCAAUGUUAGGAUUACUAACGUCAAGAGUUCCGAGCUCAGCAUCAGUUGGGAUGCUCCCAUUACUGAAUUAGGCGAGAGCGAUAUCGUCGAACGUUACGAAGUUAAAGUUUAUCCGCGUUUUGACGACGCGAUAAACGCAACGAUCGUCCAAACUCACGAUUUGUCAGCAACCUUCAAAGGUUUACGUCCGGCAACGGAUUAUGCGAUCCAGGUGCGAGCUAAAACAACACGUGGAUGGGGUGAAUAUACACCGGUGAUCUACAAAAAGACGAACCAUGCAAUGGGACUAGACUACGUCGGGGACGAGGACAACAUGCAGGUGCGCAUAAUCGCUGGUGCGAUCGUCGCAGUGGUGGUCUUACUUGUGAUAAUAAUUAUCAUGACUGUCCUGUUUCUCAGAAGCAGAGCCUCCGAUGAAUGCAACAAGAAACAACCCAGUGAUUGCGACACUUUGGAAUACAGAAACGGCGAAGGACUAGUUGUGACCUACAUGCACUGCAAAAUGGACAGUUCACCGAUUGUGACAACUCAUACCAAUAACAAGAGCAAGUCCUCGCUGACUACGCCACUAUUCACGCCUGCAGUGGGUGUUACCGCGGGACCUGGUAAUGCUAGUGGUACUAGUGCACGAAGCUACGUCGAUCCACAUACAUACGAAGAUCCUAAUCAAGCGGUACGGGAAUUUGCACGUGAAAUAGAUGCCGGUUAUAUAACGAUCGAAGCAAUAAUUGGCGGCGGAGAAUUUGGUGAUGUAUGUCGCGGAAAAUUAAAAUUACCACCCGAUGGACGGGCGGAGAUUGAUGUGGCGAUAAAAACUUUGAAACCCGGCUCGGCGGACAAAGCCCGUAAUGAUUUCCUAACGGAAGCUUCAAUAAUGGGGCAAUUUGAGCACCCAAAUGUGAUAUUCUUGCAAGGUGUAGUGACUAAAAGUAACCCAGUGAUGAUUAUCACUGAAUUUAUGGAAAAUGGUAGUCUAGACACUUUCCUACGUGCCAAUGACGGCAAGUUCCAAGUUCUACAGCUGGUCGGUAUGCUACGUGGUAUAUCAAGCGGUAUGCAGUAUCUAGCGGAAAUGAAUUACGUUCACCGUGAUUUGGCAGCACGUAAUGUACUUGUAAAUGCCGCAUUGGUUUGUAAAAUUGCCGACUUCGGUCUCAGUCGUGAGAUCGAAAGCGCCACUGAGGGAGCCUACACAACACGGGGAGGAAAAAUACCAGUACGAUGGACAGCACCAGAAGCGAUAGCAUUCAGAAAAUUCACAAGUGCAUCGGAUGUCUGGAGUAUGGGUAUCGUGUGUUGGGAAGUUAUGUCGUAUGGAGAGCGACCGUACUGGAACUGGUCCAAUCAAGAUGUAAUAAAAUCCAUCGAGAAAGGAUACAGAUUACCAGCACCUAUGGAUUGUCCUGAGGCUAUUUAUCAGCUGAUGCUUGACUGCUGGCAAAAGGAACGUACACACCGGCCUACCUUUGCCAAUUUAACGCAGACGCUCGAUAAACUCAUCAGGAGUCCGGAUACGCUACGGAAAAUCGCUCAAAACAGGGGAACAAAUCCACUGGCCCCAGAUGCUAUUGAUCUGACCCAAUUGACCUCAGUCGCUGAAUGGUUGGCUUCAAUCAAGAUGUCACGUUACGCGGACAGUUUUGAACGAGCCGGCGUGACAACACUAGAAGCUGCCGCCCGUGUCACAGUCCAAGAAUUAACGGCACUGGGGAUAACCCUCGUCGGUCAUCAAAAGAAAAUAAUGAACAGCGUCACUGCACUGAGAGCCCAAAUGUCUGCUACGUCACAAGGUUUUCUUGUCUAAUUACAACCGGUCUAAUUACCCUAAUUAAAUUAGCUCCAAUGCCGACGAUCAUCAUGAUCGUGGUCUUAAAGAAAAAGAAAAAACUAAAUCUUGUUUAUUUUAUUUUUUAAUAUUUAAUCUCACAUUCCAACUUGGCUGAGCCGAGUCCCGGAACCAGAAAAGUAUUGAGAUAAAAUACCACCCGACUUUCCCUCUUUUUUUUAAAACAAACAAAGCAAUCACUGCCUCAUUUUAAAUGGUCUUUAAAUAUCUAAAGGGCUUUUUGGCUACUUGGUUCUACAAUUUUAUAUAAAAUAUAUAAUAUAUAUAUUUAUUUAUAUUACUUAAGAUUUUUUAAAUUAAAUGUGUAUUUCACUACUUUAAUGUCUAAUGGGCCUAGUUUAUUUUCGGACACUUGCUCAAUAAAUUAUUUUUAAAAAAACGCUGACGACUCAUUAAAAUUAUUUUUAAUUACUGGAUUAUUAAUGAGAGGUGGAAGAGAAAACCAUGAGCCUUAAAGUCUUGCAGUUUGUUUAUUUUUAUUCGGCGACCUAAAUAAAAUACUCUAUUACAAAUAUAAAUAAUUGAACAAACAAACAAAUAUAUAUAUAUAUGAAUAUAAAUAUAUAUGACUCUUAAUUAACUGUAAAAGCUUAAUUGAAAGAAUGCUUUCAUGUGGAAGUACGUGCGAAUGUUAAUCUGUGAUCCAGUGAUAAGUGUGUGAGAUAAAUAUAAAUAAUUAAAUUUUAAAAUAUAUAGUUAUAAAUAAAAAAUUUUUAAAAAAUUGCUUUCCAUUUAUUGCAAGUAAAUGCAAGUCUUUUAUUCCGUGCCAACGUCUAAUCUAAGGUUCGAAAUAAUUUUUUAUUUUUAGAAUUUAUCAUUGACGGUAUUAUGGAUUUUUAUUUUAUAAACUGCUCUUUUAAAAAAAUCUAUGGGGAUUUUAUGGGAAUCAAAAAAAAUCCAUAUGAGAAACUGCGGAAAAUAUAUAAGAAAGGAUAAAUUUCGGGAUUCCCUAUGGGGAUUUUAUAUUUAAAACUGUGGAUAUCUGAAUUCCCAUAGAAAAAAUAUAUAUGGGAAUCUGGGGAUCUAGAUUUCUAUGUAAAAAUUUUAUAUACAUGAGAAAUCAUAUGAAUCUAAACUGGGUUCCCAUAUAGAUUUUUUCAUGGUUUAGAUUCCUAUGGGAAAUCAUCGUAAUAAUUCCCAUAAAAAUCCAUACUAGAUUUUUAUAUGGAUUUGAUACUGGAUUUCUAUAAAAAAAAACCCCAUAAAAAUCUAUGCUGGAUUCCCAUGUGGAUUUUAUGAUUUAGAUUCCCAUAGGAAAUGAAACAAAAUUCCCAUUUAAAUUUUUUAUGGUGUAGAUUCCCAUGGAAAUCCACGUAAAAAUUUAUAUAGAAAUUUAUACUGGAUUUCUAUAGGAAACCAUAUGGAAUUUAUGGGAAUUUAAAGUGAAUUCCCCCAUAGAUUUUUUCAUGGUUUAGAUUCCUACGGGAAAUCAUCGUAAUAGUUCACAUAAGAAUCCAUACUAGAUUUCUAUAUGGGUUUGGUGGAUUCCUAUUAAAAACCCCAUAAAAAUCUAUGCUGGAUUCCCAUGUAGAUUUUAUGAUUUGGACUCCCAUAGGAAAUUAAACAAAAUUCCCAUUUAAAUUUUUUAUGGUGUAAUUCCCAUGGAAAUCCACGUAAAAAUUUAUACUGGAUUUCUAUAGGAAACCAUAUGGAAUUUAAAGUAAAUUUCCCCAUAGAUUUUUUUAAUAGGGUGAUAUAUUAAUAUUUAUUUUUGAAUAAAAAUCUUUGACGACUGCCAAUCAAAUAUUCAAAUAUUCAGUCAGAGAUUCAAUUAUUUAAAAAUUUUCUAAAAAAAAAUUAAAUAAUUUUUUAUUUUUAUUAAUAAAUAUAAAAGCGUAGGGUGUUCUAAAAGAACAUAUCAUAUAUUUAAAUUAUAUUUCGAAUUAUAAAUUUACUAAAUAUUUAUUAUUAUUUAUUUUUUUUCGCGAGUGGUUUCCUCUUCGCCAUUCAAAAAAUCUUAUCUUUUUUUAUUUAUGUUUUUUUUAAAUUGAGCAUAAAAAUUAAUAAACUUAAAAAAAAAAAAAUGUGAAGGAAUAAAGUAAUAAUUGAAUAAAAAGCAAUAAGUGAAAUACACACGCAAGACAGAUUUUUUAUAUAGAAAAUGUUAUAAAAAAUUAUAGGAAAAUAAUUAGCGCAAUCUUCCUAAAUGUUCGUAAUUAAAUAAAAAGUUUUAAAUAAAUAAAAUGAUACAAUCGUAGAGUUAAAUAAAUAACGAGCAUGAUCUCGAUCGUAAAUUUAUUUCUAAGUCCAAUGAAAAUAAAAAAAUCGUUUUUUUUUUUUAAAUAUAUUUGUGUCUAGUAAAAGAAUUUAAGAAGCCUGAGAUUUAAAAUUCAUUCAAAGAUGUAUAUAAUUAAAAAUAUAAUUGGAGGUUUUAUUAAUUAAUUAAUUAAAAUAAUAAAACUUUCAAUGAUUCGUGAAAUUAUUAUUUUAUGUAAUGCUUUCAACGUUUGACGUUUGAGCAAUUUUUAAAAAUAAUUAUUAUAAUAAAUAAUUAAAAAGUAAAAAAAAAAGUUUUAUAAAUUAUAAAUUAAUAUAAAUGGCAAAUAUGCUUAGUCAAAAAUAAUUUAAAAAGAUUAAAAUUAUAAUGAAAUUAAAUGGAAAUGAAAAUGAUAAUGAUAAUUUCCUAGAAAAAAUCUAUAUAGGAAUACAGCCUAGAUUCCUAUGUGGGUUCCCACAGGGCAUUUUUCGAUGAAUUCCCAUAUGAUUUCCUAUAGGAAUAUUAAUUUGUUCUGUUAUUCAUAUAUAUGUAUCGAUAGACGAUAGACAUGAGAAUCCAGAUAUUCCAAAGUCUCUCCCAUAUGAAUUUCCCCAAAAAAAUCCAUAUGUCCAAAUUCCUAUGUCAAGUUCCUAUAUGGGAAUUCAGGUAUCCAUAAAUUCCCAUAUGGAUUCCCUACAUGAGAAUCCAGGUAUCCAGUUUCCUAUGGGGAGUUCCUGUGGGAAUUCAGGUAUCCAGUUUCCUAUGUGGAUUUCCUGUGGAAAUUCAGGUAUCCAUGAAUUCCCAUAUAAGAAAUCUACGUGGGAAUUCAGGUAUCUAGUUUCCUAAGUGGAUUUCAUUUGGAACUUCAGGUAUCCAUGAAUUCUCAUGUAGAUUUCCUGUGGAAAUUCAGGUAUUCAUACAUUCCCAUAUUGAUUUCCUACAUGGAAAUUCAGGUAUCCAGUUUCCUAUCUGGAUUUCCUAUGGAAAUUCAGGUAUCCAUAAAUUUCCAUAUAGUUUCCUAUGUGAAUUUCCUACAUGGAAAUUCAGGUAUACAUUAAUUUCCAUAUAGUUUCCUAUGUGAAUUUCCUAUAUGGGAAUUCAGGUAUCCAUGAAUUCUCAUAUAGGAAAUCUACGUGGGAAUUCAAGUAUCUAGUUUCCUAUGUGGAUUUCCUGUGGAAAUUUAGGUAUCCAUAAAUUUCCAUAUUGAUUUCCUACAUGGAAAUUCAGGUAUCCAUAAAUUUCCAUAUUGAUUCCCUACAUGGGAAUUCAGGUAUCUAUAAAUUUCCAUAUAGAUUUCUUACAUGGGAAUUGAGAUAUCCAGUUUCCUAUGUGAAUUUCCUAUAUGAAAAUUCAGGUAUCCAUAAAUUCCCAUGUAGAUUUCCUAUCUGGGAAUUCAGGUAUCGACAGUUAUGUGGAUUUCCAUGUGGAAAUCCAGAUACCCAUGGAUUCCUAUAUAAACCCACACUCCAAUAUUAAUUCCUAUGGAUUCCCAUGUAAUCCCACAUGAAUUUUUUUUAAAGGGACGCGUAUAUGAAUAAAAGAACAGAUCAACAUUCCUAUAGGAAACCAUAUGGGAAUUCAUCCAAAAACCUCCUGGGGAACUCACAUAGAAAUCUAGGCCGUAUUCCCAUAUGGAUUUUUACAGGAAUUCUAUUAUGAAAUAAAAAAAAAGAAAUCAAAAAUAAAAAAGUUCGGAAGGCUUUGAAUGAAUAAAAAAAAGCGAAUGAUUUAUUGAAUGCCUCGCACGUUACUUAAUUAUUCCUAAAUGCCUCAAUAAUUAUUUAUUUAAACAAAACAAAGAUUUAAAAUUUUUUUAAUAAAAAUAUAUUUUUAUUUAUUUGAUAUAGAUCUGAUUUAAAAUUUUAAAUAUUAAUAAUAACUAUAGUUUUUUUUUAUAUUUUAAGUUUAAGAUUUUUAUAAUUAAUAUUUAAAUAAAAAGUUUAAAUGAGAGAGGCAAACAUUUCAGACUUGUGUAUUAAAAAAAAAAUGGUAAAUUAAGUUUACGGUCUAAUUGAUUAAUUAAUUUAUUAAUUAAUUAAUUGUUUUAUUUUUUCGCCGAUUUUUUAUAACGAAUUAUUACAGCGAACUUUGCCAAAGUACCUGCUUCGUAAAUGAAUCAUUUUGAAUUGAUAAUGCAUGAUGAUAAUGAUAAUGAUAUUGAUGAUGAUGAUGAUGAUGGUGAGGGUGAUAAUGAUAAUGAUUAUUAUGAUUGAUAAAAGAUAACUGAUAACUGAAUAAACGAGAUAUGAAACGAACAAACAGGUACCGUCCCGUAAAUAAUUACAGCUCAUGAAAUAAAGUCUUUUUUUUUUCACAUUUAAAUGCCACUCUUUAUUGUACCAUAAUAAUUAAAUUUAAAAUGCCAGAAAUUAUAAAAUAAAUAAAUAAAUUAUAAGACAAACGAACAAAAUAAAGUAAUAAAUAAAUAAAUAAAUAAUUAAAACAAAACAAAUAGUCUUAAGACGAGUGAGGGAGUUAUAAAAAAAUAAAAAAACGCAAGCAAUUCUGAAAUGUGUUUGAAAGAUAAUUUUUUCCUAUGGUGUUGUCAGAACGAAUGUACAUAAGAUAUAAUAAAUAACAUACCUUAUACGAUGUAAA